AUGUGUGACAGUCGAAUUACAACUUCAUUUGUACCCGAUCCUAAUAUGGAAUUAGAACAGAAAUUAAGAAAGCUGACGACAACAACCAAUGUAACCAUGAAUUCCAGCGACAAUCUCGGUGAAUUAAAGGAGACGGAGUCCGAGAAGGAGAAAGACCGUGAACAGGACAAUAAGAACUAUAAAGAUGAACAAAUUAAAAGCGCUUUACAAGAAAACUAUAAAGGUAUACUAAAGGGUCUUGGAGAAGAUACAUCACGGCAGGGACUUCUUAGGACACCAGAAAGGGCAGCCAAGGCUAUGAUGUAUUUCACGAAAGGCUACAGAGAAAACAUAAAAGAUGCUCUCAAUGAUGCUAUCUUUGAUGAGGAUCACGAUGACAUGGUGAUAGUAAAAGAUAUAGAGAUGUUCUCUUUAUGUGAACAUCAUCUAGUACCAUUUAUUGGAAAGGUCUCCAUAGGCUAUCUUCCAAACAAGAGAGUGCUAGGACUAAGCAAACUAGCGAGGAUUGUAGAAAUCUACAGCAGAAGGUUACAGGUACAAGAACGACUGACCAAGCAGAUAGCUGUUGCCAUCACUGAGGCUAUACAACCCUCUGGUGUGGGCGUGGUGAUCGAAGCUACACACAUGUGUAUGGUGAUGCGAGGAGUACAGAAGCUGAACAGUAAGACUGUGACAAGUACAAUGCUUGGAGUAUUCCGGGAGGAUCCUAAAACACGUGAGGAGUUCCUCACUCUUACAUGCUCGAGCAGAUAG